ACGACCAACAUUUAAAUAGGUCAAUUUAAUAAAGAAGCCGUGCAUGCUCAAUGAUAUAUAUUGUGCGACUAUACAUGGUGUGGAGUUUAAAAAACGCUAUCAAAACAUCGGCUAUAACAAAAUCGACUAUGAUUGGUGAAUAUUCGGAUCUAAAGUUGCGAUAAGAGAAAAUAAAACGAGACAUUUUAGUAUAAAAACAACUUGAAAGUGCUGCACCGGAAAUCCUACAAUCGACAUUAUCAUCGUCACUCGCGACGUGGAUUGACCAUCUGGCAUUUACGCAACGACGUAAAGCGUGUUUUGUCUUCACGCAGGCACUUUUCGCUCUAAUUGCGGUGUCGGUGACGCAGGGAGAGGAUACACACAUCCGAAGUUAGAUAUUUAUUUGCUUUGUUACAGAUCACAGAAAAUGAAACAAUUAAGACAGAAAAAAUGAUCCUAUCGAUAAGAAAAUUAUAUGCAGAUGCAGAGAAUUACAUCAAUGUAAUAUAUUUCAAGUUUGACACGAAUUGGACAACAAACGGCAGAGUUAUUGAUUAAAAUAUAGUGAAAUCAUCCGAAGUUAGCUGCUUUUACCGUGCAGGACGUUAGUAGCAUGAAACGACAACAGUACUGGUAUCCAUGACACAAUAAUAUAUGCAUUGCUCUUUGAUGCGCAUGAUGAUUUUUUUCAUGAUGAUGUUCCACAAAGUUUCAUGCAGGCGAUUUAUUAAAAAACAAAUCACUUACCAGUUUUCAUAGAUUAGAUAUGCAAAAAAAUAUUAAUAUGUUAGCCAGUAUAAUUAUUGCUUGAUCUGAUUACCUGAAACGACAUUUGUAAAUUCAUACUGGAGAUUCUAUGAAGUUACACAUGAAGAGGUCCAAUGUUGGCAAAAAGCCAUAUUUUUGUCAAACCUGUGGCGAGUCCUUUACAACAUUUGCUGAGAAGAAAAUGCACAUACAAAUUCAUACUGGAAAAAAACCAUAUGCUUGUAAAAUAUGUGGAAAACAGUUUUCUCAAACUGGUGUCUUGAAACAACAUUUGCAAAUUCAUACCGAAGAUAAACCGUUUUCUUGUGAAAUAUGUGGAAAAUGUUUUAGUCGAAAAGGUAGUAUGGAAUUACAUAUAAAGCGAUUCCAUGUUGGUGAAAAGCCAUAUUUUUGUGGAACCUGUGGAAAGUCGUUUGUAACAUUGGGUGAGAAGAAAAUGCAUAUUCAAAGUCAUACUGGAGAAAAAUUAUAUGCUUGCAGGAUAUGCGAAAAACGUUUUGCUCGAUCUUAUACCUUGAAGCGGCAUUUGCAAACCCAUACUGGAGAAAAACCAUAUGGUUGCAAGAUAUGUGGGAAACACUUUUCUCGAUCUAAUAUCCUGAAACAACAUUUGCAAAGGCACACUGGAGAAAAACCAUAUUCCUGUGAAACAUGUGGAAAAUAUUUCAGCCAAAAAGGUAGUGUAAACUUACAUAUAAAGAGAUCCCAUGUUGGUGAUAGGCCCUUUAAAUGUGGAACAUGUGGCAAGUCAUUUGCAACAUCUGAUGAAAAGAAAAGGCAUAUGCGAAUCCAUACUGGAGAAAAAACAUAUGCUUGCAAAACAUGUGAGCGUUGCUUUGUUAAUUCAAGUCACUUGCAACAACAUAUUCGAGUUCACACUGGAGAAAAAGCAUAUUCUUGUAUAACAUGUGGAAAAUGUUUCGUUCGAAAGAGUACUAUGAACUUACAUAUAAAGAGAUACCAUGUUGGCCAUAAGCCCUUUAAAUGUGGAACUUGUUGCAAGUCCUUUACAACAUUAGGUGAAAAGAAAAAGCAUAUGCAAAUCCAUACUGGAGAAAAACCAUAUGCUUGCAAAAUAUGUGAGCGUUGCUUUGCUGAUUCCAGUACCUUGCAAACACAUUUUCGAAUUCACACUGGAGAAAAACCAUAUCCUUGUGAAACCUGUGGAAAAUGUUUCAGUAGAAAAAAUAUUAUGAGCGCACACAUGAAGAGAUCCCACGUAGCAAGUUGCUGAGAAGAUAAUGCAUAUGCGAAGUCAUAUCAGAAAAAAAAACGUUUUUCUCAACAUUUUAACAUGAAACGACCUUUGCAAAUUCAUACUGAAGAAAAACCAUAUGAAGCAAUUUCAUAAUGAUGAAAAAAACUAAAUAGUCAUUGGGACCUGUAAGACUAAGAGGUUGUUCAUACCAUUGGGUGGGAAGAGAAGGCAUAUUGGAAUUCAUACUGGAGAGAGACCAUAUGCUUGCAAAAAAAGUGAAAAAUGUUUCCCAAUAUUUAUAUUCAAGUGAAACAUGUAGGAAAUGUUUUAUACAUUAGGGCAGGGUGGUCCAGGCCCGCGGGCCACAUGUGGCCCGCCGCUUUAUUAUCUGUGGCUCGCGUCACAUCCGGAGAGUUAUCAAAAAAUUGCAUUUCGUGUUGUUUCGUCAUAAAAUCAAUCAGAAAAAUCUUUUGACAUAUUGUCAUCACUAAUGUCACUGAAUUAAAUAGCGUUAUGGCUAGCUGGGGAAACUAGCGAAGUUGAAUGAUGUUCUUGACAGUCUAAAUUGUUAUCCGGCUUUCUAACUCUUUGGUCGGGAAUAAAUGCUAACAAUAUAGGCAUCAUAGAAAUCUAAAAAUCAAACGCGGAUUCUUUUAGCCUAGAAUGGCUAUGCCUGAUAACUAUGUGUUUGCACAAUAAAACUGUUUUUUUUUUUGUAUUGCACUGUUUACCUAUUCUUGGCACUAUUGUGGCCUGCGGAGCCGACAACCUUGGACCACCCUGCAUUAGGGAAUACAUAAUCAAUUAAAUUAUCUAUGAAAUGUCUCGUGUCAAUUUAUAACAUAUGAAUCAGUCGUUUGAAACUUCAUUCAGAAUCAAGAUGUUGUUACUUUUUUUGUCAAAUUGAUUAUAUUGGCACAUUGUCUCUCUUGUACUUAAAUUUUAUCAUUUUUGUAUAGAUUAAAAAUCGGUGUUAAUGUUUGCAGUCUUAAUAAUAAUCAUUGUUCCUUGCUUGUAUUCAAGCAAUAUUUAGCUUUUUUCUAAUUUAGGAUGAUUGGGAAAGUAGAUAAUAUCAUAAUUGUAUAACUGGUUAUUAUUGCUUUUUUUGCAUACUUUCUUGCAUACCGGUUUGGGACUUUAACUCUUGGAUAAAACCGGUUGCAUAUGCAACAUGGACUGGUAACAGUGUGAGAUGCUUCUUAUCGGCUUUCCUCUCCCUUUGGAUAAAUAUGUAAACCAUUAUGAUAUAAUAUCAUUUCGUCUUGGGUUUCUACGAGAAUAUUUAUUCAACUUUCUUCUAUUCUUUUGUGCCGUAAAUCCAAUGCAAAGUAGAGGUAAGAUCCGGCCCAAAAAUUCCAGCCCGACGCGGGCCCGUGGGUAUUGAACCCGGCCCGAGCCUGAAGCAAACCCAAAAUUUCACAUUUUAUUCAGUUCUUUGAAUUGUCAGUGCAAAAGUUGAGUAAACAUUAACUCAUUUUC